UUGUCGGGGCAACGGCCCCCUAAGCUGGCCUCCACUCCGCCUGUAAAAACAGGCGGGUCAUUGUGGUGGGCGUUUGCAGCCCUGGUGUCUCGGUUGGGAGUGUUGCCGCGGCGAGGCGCCGCCCUGAGAGUUAUCUCAGGUGGGCUGCCAUCAGCCUGCGGCCGUCAGUUCAAUGAUGUUUGUCGGAUAUGGGCGCUUGCUAAAAGUGAGGCUCGGACCACGAUCUUAGGACGUCGUGGAUCAAGGGGGGAUUGCCAGCGGCGGCUUCCGACGCCCUCUCGCGAGGGAUGUGCGGAGGCGGGGUGUGUGUGUCUGUGUGUAGUGUGA